GGCCGAUUUAUUAACCACAAUAUCUCUUUGGUUCUUUAAAAUCUUUGGUUAUGUAAAGUAAUCUAGAAAAUAAAAAAGUUAUGUUUAUGCAAAAACAAAUAAUCUCCAUUGAUUCAUACCAAAAAAGUUCAAAUUUCAUUGUUUAAACAAAGGAACAUAAUAUUUACAAAAAUUUGUUUAAUUAAAUGGACGGCUGAUGAUGGCGAAAGGAUAAACUUGAUGACGCACUGGAACAGAUUUUAUGUUAGACUUAAGCACUAUGAAAGAACAAAUAUGGCUGGUGAUUUUGUUGAGAAUAUCGUUACAAAGGAAACAUGUCAAACUUUUGCACCUCAGCAAUGGCGGAAAACAAGAUGUAAACAUUGUUUUGGGGAUAUAAUUGAGCACACAAAACAGUUGUCCAAAGAAGAAUCAGAAGAAUUCAUAAAUUCAUGUAUAAAUGGCGAAACUUGUAAAAUUUUAAUUCGCACAGUGACAGAUAAUGAUGAUCAAACUCAACAUAAAAAUAAAGAAAUUUUUGAAGAAACAGUCAUUAAAGAUAAACAAAAUGAUGAAGAUGAAGAAUUUGAUGACAAGGAUAGCUGUAAUGAAGAUGUCAGCACGCCUCCAUUAACAAAUCAAAGAAGAUCAACACGUCGAAGGAAUCCUAACCAAAGUUUAACACAAUCAAAUCCUAUGAUACGUUCAUCUAAUUCUUCAUUAUGCAGUUUAACUAGUGAAUAUACUGAUGGCUAUUCUGAUUAUGAUUAUGAUGCACCUAGCGUUACUGAUGACACAGAUGAUUAUGUUGAAAUUCAGUAUCCUGCUGAUGAUCUUAAUCCUGAGACAAAAAAGCGUAUGAAUGAUGAACGUAGAGUUUCACGCUCAAAAAUAUUGGAUCUUGAGCGAGAGCUUGAGGGACAACAAGAUAUUUACAGAGCUAGUGAAGCUGCUAAAGAUAGACAGAUAAAAUCUUUGAUUCGAGAAAUUGAGGGUCUUAAGUUGGAACUUUCAAGUGUUCGAGCUCAUGAAAAUAUGUUAGCAUUAAAAUGUAGGUUAGAAUUGGAAAGUAAAAAUAUACGAAUUGAAGACUUGGAACAACAAAUCAAAUCAUUACAAAGUGAAAUUCAUAAACUUUCUUAUGUAUCUGAUUCAUCUGAUCGCCAUCAUGAAACUCUUGCAAAAGAGUUAGAACGAGCACGUCAGCGCUAUACUCAUCUUGAAGAAGAAAAUCGGUCAACAGAAGCACGUUUAAAACUUGCUGAGGACUUGCAGCAAAAUGAUCGUGAGUUAUUAGAAGUUUUAAGGAAUCAACUAUCACAAAUAGAGCAAGAAUUACAGACAUCUCAACAGUGUAAUAAACAUCAAGAAGAUAAACUUAAACUUCUUGAUCUUAUUAAAGGAGACCUUUUAAAGGAGCAAGACAAAGUGACAAAGUUGACUAAAGAUUGUGAUAAUCUUCGUCAAAAAAUUAAGCGCAGGGAUCGUAACAUUGAAGACCUAGAGGAUGACAAUGUUAAACUACAACAGCUGAAAUCUGCUUUGGAAUCACAACUUGCAAAAAAAGAAUUUCAAAUGAAGAAGAUCGAGCGCAAGCUCUCUAGUCUACAAAAUGAUGUAUUGCGCAAAAAUCGUGAAAUUUCGGAUUUGACAGGUGAAAAGUUUACAUUGUUGCAAGUUCGUAGGUUAACAGAUAUUAAAAUGAAUGAUCAAUUGAAAAAUGAACCAGCUACUGAUAUGCGUGUUGGUGAAAAUAUAUUUAUUAACACUCUUGAAGAGAGAUUAGUGCAUACUGAGUCACGUGUUAAAGAACUUGAACUAGAAAAUGAUAAUUUUUUAAAAGAGAUUCGAGAUUUUUGUGAAAACUUGAAUGUUGCUGAAAAGCAAAAUAAUGAAUAUAAAACACAACUUGCAGACUUAGAUGGACGCAAUAUGAAACUUCGUCAAGAAAAUAAACAUUUUGAAAAAAAAAUAGAAAUCCUACAUAGGAAACUAAAAAAAUGUGAAAAAGAAAAAAUUCGCAUGUCAUCCAGGCAGCAAGAUGCAGAAUACAAAUUGACUCAGUAUCAAGAGGAAGAAGAAUAUUUUAAGCAUACUUUUCGUUCCGCUCCUGGUGGUGAUUGUUGUGAAUGUGGAGAUAGUUCUCGGAUGUUGCGAUUGAAAUUGCAGUCUACUGAAGCCAAAUUGUCUAUGAUUGAAGGAAACAAAGGGUAUCUUGAAGCAAAAGUCAAAUCAUUGGAAAAAAAGAUAGUGGAAAAAGAUAUUGAAAUACAAAAUUUGCAAGAUUCUAUGGAGCGUGAUUCGGGAGCUCCUUCACAAGAUAAUGAUAGAUUAGAUGCACUUGAACAAGAAAAUGUUUUAUUGCAAACACGUUUUGAUGAAGUUAAUUUGGAAAAUUGCAAGCAACAAGAAUUUCUUCGAGAGUUAGAAAAGACUAAUCUUCUUCUUGAAUCAACAAUUAAAAAUUUAAAUGGAAAACUGGAGCAAUGUACACAACGCCUAAAAGGACUUGAAGAAGCUAACCAUAUUCUUGGGCGUGAAGCUCUUCGAAACUGUAAUGAAGGAAGUUCUACAGAUAAUACUUUAGAGGAGUUAAAAAAACAAAAUAAAGAACUACAAGAAAAGAUUCGUCAAUUCAGGGAUGUAGAAGAACUUGUUGAACUUCUUGAGCGUGAAAUUAGCAAAGAAAAAGCGACAACGCAAUGGUACUCUGAUCAAAAUGAAACAAUGCAAUGUAAACUUGACAAAAUGGCUGAUACAAUAUGUCAACUUGAAGAAAGAAAUCAGAGAAUAGAAAAAGAGAUGCAACAGCUGAAUAUAUCUAAUCAUGAUCUACAAAAUGAUGUCAAAAGACUGGAGCAAAAGUUGGAAAUAUAUUCAGAUUUAUUUGGAGAAAAUUCAACAAUGCGCUCUUCUUUAAAACGACUUUCUUUUCAAAGCGAUCGUUUAGAUGAAGAGUUGCUGAUUGGGAAUGCACUUUCUCCACUAACAGAAGAAAUUAAAGAAAAAGACGAAAAGAUCAGAGAACUGCAGGCUUUGGUUCUUGAAAAAGAAAGCAGUGUUAAUGCACUAAUUGCAGAAGUUGAAUUGCUCGAGGCUAACCUUGCUGCAAUGGUUUCUGAAAAAAUUAAAAGAGUAUAUUCAAAAAAUGAAACGAACUCGCGUAAACGUGACGAUCGCGACAAUCUUUUUGUUUUUAAAAACUUUAACAUCAGCUCAUUAGAUAGAGAUAUAAAAAGUACAGAUAAGUCUAGUUUUGAGCCAUCAAAAGAACUAACUGUGACUACUGAAGAAUUUUAUAAUAUAUUACAGGAACACGAAGAGCAAUUAAAACAGAAAGAUGAAACAUAUAAAAGGAACUCAAAUAGCAAUUCUGCUUCUCAUAGUCCAAAUUCAUCUAAUGAAGAAAAUCAUGAUCAUUCAAUAAUUUCAACUCUGCUCGGUAACCCUAAAAAAAAUGUUCAAUAUAAUCUUAAAGAUUUGUCACGAGAAAGACUAGCUACUGGCUUUAAUAAUAAAGAUGAUAGUACAAAGCAUGGUCUGGAAGAAGAUAUGUAUGAACAGUUAGAGCAACUUGAAGAUUUGGUUAAAGAUAAGACAAAAAAUUGUGAUACUUCAAAAAAUACAAACUUUUCUUCCAAAUUAUUGGAUUCCCCCAAGAAUAACUCAGCGACAAGUAGCUCUAGUAGCAUAGAUUUAUCUGGUCUUGAUAAUUUAUUGUUUGAGGUUGCGCAGAGAGGUAGAAGUAACUCAUUUGAUAUCUUGGUUAAUGAUCAGAAUUCAAAUGACGUGGUGAAAGGUGAAGCAGAAGUCCCUUUAAAACGACCAGUUAUGCCAUCAAUCAUCACAACUAAAAGAAAGAUAAUACGGCUUGGCGAAGUUAAGAAAUCCCACUAAUCGUGGUUUGAACUAAUUACACUGCGAUUUUGCGUUCUUUUUUUUAAGUUAAAAUCUAGAAGUAAAAAGUUUGUACGGAAGGUUUGUACGGAAAAACGCGUUUUUGCUAAAUUUUGCAAUAUUCAAAAAAAUUUUUAAUGGCAAAAAAAAAAGAAGCGAUUUUUACCAAGAUUUUUAACAAUUUUCAACGCUUAAAUUGCGUAUUGCGCAUCUGUUCUGACGGCAUUACUAAGGCAUUAAAUUGUGUAUUGUGUUCUGACUUUGAACUUACGCUUUGGACUUGAAUUACGCAUGAUUGCAUUUAUGCCUUGCCUGACUGACUAACGCAUUAAGUUACGUAUUAUUAAAAAAAUCUAAUUAUCGCGUUAAAUUAAUAUAACUUAUUUGGAAGGAGAUUUUUUUAAAAAAAUAAACUGAAUUUCGAUAUAUUUUUAUAUUUUUACUGUAAUAUAUUAAUAGUUAUAUUUUAAAAGUUUAUAAAUGUUUUAUAAAAUGUUUACAAGAAACAAAUUUGACUAAACUUAUCUCUUAUUUUAA